AUGYURUGGAAAUCAGUAGAUCUGAGACGSUAUUCMAAACCUUUGCACGACAAAUGUCAGCUUCAGUACGUAACCAAGUCGUAUUUGGCGUACAAGGUAACUUCACUGGAUAUGAGCGGUUUUACRAUUCCACAAGCCRUACUUAACACUYUAACAUCGUCUUGUCCUGACCUCAAGAAACUAGUUCUCAARUCAGUAACGUUUUGUAAAGACGACGACGACAACCAAGUGCUGUUUCCAGAAAAUCUGGAAUACCUAGACUUACGUUAUUCAGAUGGUCCUAUUGCUGUUUAUCAAGCAAUGGCAAGGCAAUUUAGCAACCUGCACUGGCUGGGUAUGUGUGAUGCUCUAAUCAUCGCCCUAUCAAAUGAGAAAGUCCUACCAAAUGCAUUUGCGAGCUUAAAAAAAUUAGAAAAGCUCGAUGCGACACACUGCCAACUUGUGAGAGACACCUUCCUGUUUAAGUUCUGCCAAUGUGAAAACCUGAGGCUCUUAAGCCUAAGGAAAUGCUUAAACAUAUCGGGUGAAUCUCUACCAGUUCUGCUUGCAAGGUUGAAAGGCUUAGAAACUCUCAUUCUAGAUGGUACMAGUGUGCAAGACGAGUAUCUAAAUCUAGUUGACUGGGAAAACACUAGUAUCAAAUACUUAGAGCUGGGAUGGUGUUCGUUCAUCACAACGGAGGGCCUACAAGGUCUUCUACCAAAAAUCGCCCGCAUAUCAACACUAGAGUACCUAGGCCUUUGCAACGUGGGACAAGGACAAGCUGUAACUGACCACAUCCUAAAAGAGCUGGCUCAGCACCUACAACAAGGUACUUGCCCAAAACUGCACUCACUGAAUCUAAGCUUUUCUAAGCAAAUCACCGAYGAGGGGCUYGGGACAUUUGAGAGCAUGUACUAUAUACAAACACUAGAUGUCACGAAAUGUGCUCAGAUUACAGAAGAAGAUGAUGACUGCAUAUUCUUUGAAGCGCCAGAAAACAAGGAAAGAACAG